ACUCCUCCUAUCUGCAACAAUUAUUUAAUUACUGCAACUCAACAGUGCAGUUUAAGCUUCAGAAAGUUUCUUAAUUUCCUGAUUUAAAAGUUCGCAGCCGUUACCUAAAGGUGCCCUUUAGAUGAAGCCAGCCUUAUGACAUUAGCUGACAAAAGAUCAUAAAAAGGAAAUGAUGAUGAUGAUAUGAAGGGUAGAGAUAUUCAGCCAAUAAUAGAAGAUUGCUAUGACAAAUACUUUGUCAACACUGAGAAUUGGACCUGUGCUGAUUUCUGUCACGCUAUAUGCCAAACCGUCGAAGAAAUUAACACAAAUGUCCGGAGCACACAGAUUCGGGUGCCUAGAACCGAAACACUUGACAGAGCGUUUAAUAAUCAUCAUAAAGGGAAGGGGAAGAAGUUGAAGAGGGAAGAGUUUCAGAAGAUUCUGCAGGAAAUAAUUAUGGACACAGGCGUGACAGGGAUUGGAGCCAAAGAUAUAUUGUUGUUUCUGUUUGGGGUUCCAGUGACAACGUUGUUCUUCAAGCAGAGACUGUUCCCCACAGCUGUUCCAAACGAAGUGUUCAUCCCUGCUGUCACUUCCGCCACUGUUUAUCUUCUUGCAAAGCUCAACAAGUUAUGAAUUAAACACUUGUAUAUAUAAUUGUACUCUUAUACUCCUUGCAACUUGUUUUGAUUAAUUGAAUAAGCACAAGGUACACUGCAUUAUAUUGAUUUAUACAUAUUUGAAUAUUUGUACAGGA